AUUAUAUUUACGGUCUCUCUUAUUUGAACAGCCGGUAAAGCAAAAUACGUUUUAUUAUUUAAUGGAACCCGCAGCAAAGAAAUCGAAAAUGGGCAAAAACCAAAAGUUCAAUAACAACAAGAAGAAGUAUUUCCACGCCAAGAGGCAGGUGCUCCAGCCCGGCCAACGUGGAUUCUUUGCCACGUGCAACAUCAACGAGAAGGCAUGUGUUCGCGAAUGCUACAAUUUAUUAAACCACUAUGCGGACAUACUUUACGGCCCGGAAAAGAUAGAGAAUGAGCCGGAAAAAAAGCAGCCAGAGGAAGCUGGAGCGGCUGGCGAUGCGGGAGAGGAUGAUAGGAAGCCGGCGGCUGGAGGUGCCAGUGAUGACGACGACGACGACGACUUGGAGGCAGCUGCCGCCAAGUGCCGUGAGAAGCUCUCCCAGCGCAAGGUGCGAUUCCAGAAUGUGGACACCAACACCACCAACUGCGUGUUCAUCCGCACCCAACUGGAGGAUCCGGUGGCCCUGGGUAAACACAUAAUCAAGGACAUAGCAACCACCGGCAAGUCAAUGUCCAGAUUUGUCCUCCGUUUGGUGCCCAUCGAAGUCGUCUGCCGCGCCAACAUGCCGGACAUCAUCUCUGCCGCCGGACUGCUCUUCGACAAGCACUUCCUCAAGGAGCCCACCAGCUUUGGCAUCAUUUUCAAUCAUCGCUACAAUCAGCAGAUCAAGCGGGACCAAAUCAUCACCCAACUGGCCGAGCUGGUCAACGCCAAGAACGUGGGUAACAAGGUGGACCUGAAGGAGGCCAAGAAAUCCAUCAUCGUGGAGGUCUUGAGGGGCUGGUGCCUGCUUAGCGUGAUCGACAACUAUCUGGAGUCCAAAAAGUUCAAUCUGGCCGAGCUGGCCAAUCCUAGCGAUAAGAAAUCUUCAGAUGCCAAGUCGGAGUCUUCGGAGGGCUCCAAGGGCAACAAUGAGGAACAGAAAACCACUGGAGAAACUGCAUCUCCAGAGGAGUCCCAGUCUAGUAAUGAUAAGAAUAAAUCAACUGACAAUGGAGAUACCAAGAACUAACUGAAGGAACAAGAGGUAUUGAGACCAUCACCAACCUGCCCAAUUCUAAUGGUAUAAAGCAAUAGUUAUAGAUGGACCAUCUGCUGUGCAGACGAAUAUAAAUAAAUGAACCAGCUAUUAUUUACUUUUGUUAA